UAUGCCAGAUGUCUUCUUCUCACUAUAGUUUCUAACGCCUCUCUCAGCUUUCUCAUGCAUUACCAUUUCUCCAUUUAAACUCCGUUUUUUCCUUCUCAAACUUCAUCCACACUUUCCCUUCCAAAACCCCAAUCUUAAAAUCUGCUAAUUAAGAAAUUACAACGUUGUUAGUUUCCCUCUGUUUUUCCGGUAGCCAUGGUGGUUUUGUCUCAGCCAAUUCUUGAGGAUUUCCCGGUGCUGAAAGCUUGUAAAUCCAACACGGCGUCGUUCGGCGGGAUUCCGGUGAUAGAUCUUCUGGACCCGGAGGCUAAAACCCAGAUUGUGAAGGCUUGCCAGGAGUUUGGGUUCUUUAAGGUGGUCAACCAUGGAGUUCCCAUGGAGGCCAUGGCUAAAUUGGAAAGUGAAGCUGUGAAAUUCUUUGGUUUGCCCCAGCAUGAGAAGGACAAAGCUGGACCCCCCACCCCCUAUGGCUAUGGGAAUAGGAGGAUUGGGUCCAAUGGCGAUGUGGGUUGGAUUGAGUACCUCCUAUUCACCACUAACCCUGAACUCAUUUCCCAGAAACCCAUUACCAUUCCUGGCAAUUCUGACCUUUUUUGGGGGCUUGUGAAUGAGUAUACUGAGGCUGUGAAGAACAUGACCUGUGAAUUACUGGAGAUGAUGGCUGAGGGGUUGAAGAUUGGGCCAAAAAAUGUGCUGAGCAGGCUGAUCAGGGAUGAGAAAAGUGACUGUUGCUUCAGGGUAAACCACUAUCCACCAUGCCCAGAGCUCCAAGCAUUGAGUGGCAGAAAUCUGAUUGGUUUUGGAGAGCACACAGACCCACAAGUGAUCUCUGUUGUCAGGUCCAAUGACACCACAGGCCUGCAAAUCUCCCUCAAAGAUGGCACUUGGGUCUCUGUCCCCCCUGACCAGUACUCUUUCUUCAUCAAUGUUGGUGACUCCCUGCAGGUGAUGACUAAUGGGAGGUUUAGGAGUGUGAAGCACAGGGUGCUGGCAGACAGCCUGAAGGCCAGGGUGUCGAUGAUAUACUUUGGAGGUCCACCUUUGAGUGCAAAGAUUGCAGCUUUAUCUUCCCUUAUGGAAGAAGGGGAAGAGAGUCUGUACAAUGAAUUCACAUGGCAUGAAUACAAGAAGUCUGCUUACAAGACAAAGUUGGCUGACAACAGGCUUUCCCUGUUUGAGAAGAACAACAAAUCCCUAUCCCUGCAUUGUAAUAACCCAACUUCUGUUAAUUAGAAAACAUAAUGUAUAAGUUUUUAGAUUUCGCUAUAUAUCAAUAUAUAUGCAGGGGGGAUUUCCAGAUUUUUUCUGGGAAUUUUUACCCCAGACCCUGUCUGCAAGACAUGGCUAGUUAUAUAUGUAAAAGCUAUCCACCAUGUAUAUAGGUAUUUCGGUUCCUAUGUACUAUAUAAUACAUAGUAUUGUAUUUAGUAAAACCCAAAGAAAGAUUAUAGUUA